GGUGGGGAUUAGAUGGGAGGUGGCCAUGGGGCAGCGACCGGGGGUUGUUCCCUCUUCGGCUUCCGUAGAGGAGGUCGGGCGGACCUUCGUGCGGGGUUUCGGUGCCCCCCCUUCCCCUUCCCCGGGGUCCGGGGGUGACAUUGCACCGCGCCCCUCGUGGGGUUGCGUCGCCGCCCCACGCGGACUCCCCCCCGGCGCGCUGCUCCCACUCGCCUCCCUUGGCCGGGGCUCCCUCCCGCCCCCAGCUGCCCAGUCAUGGGGGCUGCUGUGUUUUUCGGAUGCACCUUCGUGGCGUUCGGCCCAGCCUUCGCCCUUUUCCUGAUCACUGUGGCUGGAGACCCGCUUCGGGUGAUCAUCCUGGUCGCGGGAGCCUUUUUCUGGCUGGUCUCCCUGCUCUUGGCCUCUGUGGUCUGGUUCAUCUUGGUCCAUGUGACAGACCGGUCAGACGCCCGGCUCCAGUAUGGCCUCCUGAUUUUUGGUGCAGCUGUUUCUGUCCUCCUACAGGAAGUGUUCCGCUUUGCCUACUACAAGCUCCUUAAGAAGGCAGAUGAGGGCUUAGCAUCGCUGAGUGAGGAUGGACGAUCACCCAUCUCUAUCCGCCAGAUGGCCUAUGUUUCUGGUCUGUCCUUCGGUAUCAUCAGUGGUGUCUUCUCUGUUAUCAAUAUUUUGGCCGAUGCACUUGGGCCAGGUGUGGUUGGGAUCCAUGGAGACUCACCCUAUUACUUCCUGACUUCAGCCUUUCUGACAGCAGCCAUUAUCCUGCUCCAUACCUUUUGGGGAGUUGUGUUCUUUGAUGCCUGUGAGAGGAGACGGUACUGGGCUUUGGGCCUGGUAGUUGGGAGUCACCUACUGACAUCAGGACUGACAUUCCUGAACCCUUGGUAUGAGGCCAGCCUGCUGCCGAUCUAUGCAGUCACUGUGUCCAUGGGGCUCUGGGCGUUCAUCACAGCUGGAGGCUCCCUCCGAAGUAUCCAGCGCAGCCUCUCGUGCCGACGGCAGGAGGACAGUCGGGUGAUGGUGUAUUCUGCCCUGCGCAUCCCACCCGAGGACUGAGGGAGCAUGGGGGGGACCCCUGGGCCUGGGGUGCCCUCCCGACCUCCUGUAUUUCUCCAUCUCCAGUUCUGGACAGUGCAGGUUGCCAAGAAAAGGGACCUAGGUUAGCCAUGGCCCUGGUGAUGAAGUUACUGGAGGCUCAAGGGUAGAUGAGUUCAGUUUUCCAGUAUCUCCUGCCCAGACUGGACAUCUUGGUCUUUUUCUCAGGUCUGAAAGGAACCAUUUUUGGUAUGAUAAUGACCCCAGAAAUGCCUUUUUUUUUUUAAGUGUGGGGGGAGGAGGUACACUGGGAGCUUCCUAACCUCCUGUGGGGCUGUACUUUUGCUCCUGAAACUGCUGAUCAUGGCUCAUUUCUGUCCCAUCCCCCUGGUCCCAGGCCCUGGGGAAAAGGAAGGAAGUGCAUGUUUGGGAACUGGUACCGCUGGAACCCAUGUUGUAACGUCCCUGACCAUCAGCACCCCUCCUCUCCCCAAGGUGAAGUGGAGGGUGCUCUGGGGGUUGGUCCAUUCCAUGGCAGUGCCCCUGGAGGAGUCAGACUACCAUGGCAUUGCAGGCCAAGAGGGCAGACAUUUUUUCUAGUUUUUAAUCGGGGCGUGGGAGGGCUGGGGAGGUUUUCUACCAGUGUGUCAUUUUUCUGCUGAGGGUGGGAGAGCCCAUCCUUUUACUCAAGGUGAUUGUGAUUUUGACUAAUAAAAAGGACUUUAUAAUUGUGGGGGAACUUGGCUUUCAAGAGAGGGGAUAAUGGAUUGAGAUUUCUAGCCCCUGGUGGCUCUGGUCCAUCCUCCUCCCUGGCCUGGCAACCAGUGUUCACCAUGGCAGCUUUGGUGUAGUAUCAGAAGCAUCGGUUGGUGGUUUAACGUGUAGAAACUGAGUUAAUUUUUCCACAAGUAGAGUCCCCCCUGUCCAGGAAUAGGAUACAAGGAGUUAAUCCCCCAGUCUUCUUCUCUGUGUCUGUCUCUACCACUCAGAGGACAGAGGAACUCUCCCACACUUGAAAGGCACAAAAGACAGACCAGAUUUAAGGUCAGAAACUUGAGUUUUCAAACAUUAUUAAGCAAAAAAAAAAAAAAAAAAAA